CCUCAACAUUUCAUCAUCAAAGCACUUCACCUCUUGCAACUACACAAUCAGUCUCUCUCAAGAAAGCCACUGAGAGAAGUCAAGAAGAAGAAGAGAAGGAGAAAGUGUAUUAUAUAUAAUAUACACAUGAUGAAGAUGAUGAUGGGCAGCAAUGACACUUCAUCGGCUUCUAAGGAGUCCAACUCCAAGAGAUCAUCGAAGGCAACUUGCAGAAGGCUCGGAGGGUACCUCAGGCAGCAGAAAGGCAGGCUUUACAUCAUCAGACGAUGCGUGGUCAUGCUCCUCUGCUGGCACGACUAGUUAGUUAUAAUGAUCGUCUGUCGUGUCGGGAAAUCUGAAGCGAUUAUACCUUGCAACAGAGUAGGAGAUCCAUUAAUCAAUCAAUGCUCGAAAGAGCGAGGUUCUUCACUCCGAAAGCACGCCCUUUGGUUCCGGCAACGUUAGAUAUUGUCAGUUUUGGAUAUGUGAUCUUGUAUUACUUUAGCUAGGUCUCUCUUUUCUUUUCUUUUUGAUUUGGUCUAUUUGUUAUAUAGCUAGCUAGGUCAAUUUGUACAUAUUCGAGAGAAUUAAUUGAUUAAUCUUCAUUAUCAUUCUUAAUCU